CGUAUAAUAAUCCGGAGUCCGGAUUAUUGCGUAUAGUAUCCGUACACGUUUUUGUAGCGUACCUGAGCUGCUCGCCACUCAGCCAUCGGACUCGUGCUUCAGCCCCCCUUGGCACCUUGAGCACCAAUGGACCGCGUCGUGGACAUCGUGGAGCACCUACAGCCGUACGCGGAGCUCGCCACUCCUCUGGACUUCAGCUUCCUCCAUGCUAAAGUGGACGAACUAUCCGCUACUUUAGGUCUGGGCAGCGACCAGCUCUGCUACGUGCUGUGCCUCUUUGCCGCGUAUCCGCUCGCUGUCGUGUACAAACUGCUGCCUGGUGCCAGCCUCAAGCACGUGUUUGACGUGGUGCUGGGCGUGAGCAUCGCCCAGUUUGUGCUGGGCUCCGGCUGGGUCCACUCGUUCAUCUCGAGCUUCCUGACGUACUUGAUCGUCAAGUUCGGCCCAUCCAAACACGCGCCGGGCAUCGUGUUCCUCUUCAACAUGCUGUACAUGUCUGCGUCGCACAUCUACCGUCUGUACGUGGAUUACAUGGGCUGGACACUGGACUUCACGGGGCCGCAGAUGCUGCUGGUCAUCAAGCUCACGAGCUUCGCCUACAACUACUACGACGGCGUGGUGGACAAGACGUUUGAGAAGAAGGGAGCCGAGAUGUCUCCCGGCAAGAAGAAAGUGUACGAAGGCCGCCAGAAACUCGCUAUUAACGAGAUCCCGUCGCUGCUCGAGUUUUUCGGCUACGUGUACAGCUUCACGACGUUCCUGGCCGGUCCGGCGUUCGAGAUCCGCGAGUAUCUGGAUGUGACGAGCGGCAAAAAAUUCCUCGUGGAUGGCAAGUACAAGCAGCCGUCAAGUGUGCUGGCUGCGUUCUCUAAAUUCCUGGUUGGAUCGCUACUGAUGGCUGCGUUCGCUGUGUACGGACCCAUGUACCCGCUGUCGAACCUGCACGACCCCAAGGUGGCUGCCCAGCCGCUGUUUUACCAGAUCCGCGACCUGUAUAUUACGCUGAUCUUCUGCAAGGCCAAGUAUUACUCGGCCUGGAAGAUUGCUGAGGGCGCGACGGUGCUGUGUGGCUUCGGAUUCGAGGGCUUCAGCAAGGACGGAUCCAGUCGCGGCUGGAACGGUGUGAGCAACAUGGACAUCCUGGGCUUUGAGUUCUCGCAGAGCAUCCGUGCUGCUUCUCGCGCCUGGAACAAGGGCACGCAGAACUGGCUGGAGCGCUACGUGUACACGCGCACUGGCAAUUCGCUAAUGGCCACGUACUUCAUCUCGGCCUUCUGGCACGGCUUCUACCCGGGCUACUACAUUUUCUUCAUGAGCCUGCCAUUGGCUACGGCUGUGAACCGUCUGGCCUUCAAGCGUCUUCGUCCGCGUUUCAUUGAGGCCGAUGGAUCCUUCGGAGCCAAGAAGAAAAUCUACGACGUGCUCAGCUACCUGCUGACGCUCUUCGCCAUGCACUACUUCGUCAUGCCAUUCCAGGCUAUGUCGUGGGAGCAUUCUCUCGCUUCGCUGAAAAACACGUACUUCGUCGGCCACAUCGCAGCUGUGGUGCUGUACAUCGUGUUCUCGUGCAUCCCGGCGCCGAAGCCCAAGAAGAAAACCGAGUAGAAGGAUGGAGGUCAGAGUAACACGCCUUUGAUUGCAAGUGCUGUACUUCAUCGAUCCUCCUCGAGAGGAAGUAGAAGGCGAUAGAAUAAUGCAAACAAGGUAGAAGUUUACAUUUUCUUUCCGCUU